CCCCCCAACUAAACGCUGCCGAUCUGGCAGCUCCAAAUUUCCCCUGUGAGCUUUCAAUUUAUUUAUUAUUAUUUAUAUUCCUUUUUUUUAAAUUUUUUUUAUUUCCUUUUCAUUUCUUGGACGCCAAUAAAGAAAGAAGCCUCUGAUCAACAAGUGGAAAUGGAUUAAUUCACCGACUGCGAGUUUAUUUAUUAUUUUGAAUAACUGGAGACUGAAGCUGUUCCAGCCGGUUGUACAUGAGGAGGCUUCGUGUGUAGCUCAGAGGAUCCUACAGCUGAAACCAUGGCUGAAGCAGCCAAACCCAGCUGUGUGGGAGCAGCUGGAGGGUCCGGGGGGGCAACACAGACCAGCUCUCUCAGAGCCAAAGCUCUGGAGCUCCUCAGGAAGCUGAAGAUGUCCGUGGAGCUGCUGAUCGCCCUCGCUGCUCUCCUGUCCUGGGUUGUUGUGGGUGUGAUCAUGUUUGACUUUGUGGAAUACAAAGCAGUACCUGACAUCCAGCAAAUCAUAACGGACCCAGUUCAAGCUGUAAACGACGCCGUGGAUGAAGUGUCGAGCCUUCUCAAUAAGUUCCAAGAAUGUGCCCCUGAUUUAAGUGACCCCAUGUCUGCUGCUGCGUACGCAGCGGAGGAAAUCAGAGAAGCGAAAGACGGCUUUGUUCGCUAUUAUUCAGACGAAGAAGGAAAUUUUUACCUCAGCUACGUAGACCCUGCAGUUAUCGGUAAAAGAGCUUUCCAUUCAACCAGUGACUUCCUGGGUGGAGUGCUGGAGCACCUCAGGGACGCGCUGGGAGCUGUUGUGGAUACUGUAACAGAGACCACUCUGGAUAUAAGAAAAGGAAAAACUGAUCUGAGCUUCGUUGAUCCUGUUGUAAUCGGCAGAGGUGUCAUCAGCGCCACUAACAAGUUCACAUGUGAGGUGGUGAGCUGCGUUCAGGGUGUGCUCUGCUUCGUACUGGACUCUAUACUGGAUGUGGUGAAAGGAACAACCGACUUCAGCUUCAUCGAUCCGGUGGUUAUAGGCAGGAAGGCGUUCAACGUUUUAAACGAGACGGUUUCUGGAAUAACAGUUUACAUCCAGGACACGCUCUGUGCCGUCCUAGACAGCGUGCUGGAUGUAUGCAAAGGAACAAUCGACGUGAGCUUCAUCGACCCUGUGGCCGUCGGCAGAAACGUUUUCACAGUUUCUAACGACGCCGUGAGUGGAGCAGCAGGAUACGUCCAGGAUGUGCUCUGUGCCGUUUUGGAUGUGACACUGGAUACGUUCAAAGAUCUCCAGCAGGCUGUGGGUUUCAGCCCCUUAUCAGUCCUGAAGACAGCAGCAGAAACCACCAAAGAACAGAUCACUGUGCUCCUGGGCUUCCUCUCCUCAGCACUGGUUGGUGAUCAAGGUAUCUUGCCUGAAGUGUCCGUUGACCCACUGAAAGUGGUGGAGGAUGCAGUGUUGGAGUUCUCUGACAAGAAGGAUCUGUUCGUGGGUUACAUGUCAAGCAUGCUCGUUGGCGACCAAGGUGAACCUGUCGCCUCUCCGGUCGUAAACGUAGUCCCUGAAACAGAUGAACCUGUAGUUUCUCCAGCUGAUAUCAAGCUGAUCAGAAAGAAAGGUGAUUUUCUACCUCCAGCUGAAAAAGUUACAGAGAUGAUGCAGACUGAUGAAGAUGAAGCUGCUGCAGAGUUAACUGCAAACACAAAAACAGACGAGUUGGAGGCCGAAGAGCGCGCUGAAGCUGCCGCUGAAGCAGAAGUGGCCAAGACAGAGGAGGAUGAGGUGACACAUGUUGAAGAAAGGCAACGUGAGACUUCACUGACGGAGGAAAUAUUAGAUGAAGAAAGCAAAGAGGAAGAGCUUCCAGAUGAGGAGGAAGAAGAGGAGGUUGGAACAAAGGAGGACACAGAACAACUGGCUCAAAAAGAAGAGCUGAAAAAGGAGGAAGACGGUGGAGAGAAGGACGAGUUGAAAACAGGAAAAGAACAAGAAGAAAAGCAUCCUGGGAUUGAGAAGAGCUUGGAUGAGGAGGAUGAACAGAUCCAAAUAGGAGAGGGAGAGGUCAAAGAUGGAGAGAAGGAGGAGGAAGAGGAGGACGCAGUAGAGGAGAAGGAAUCAGUGGAGGAGGAGGAAGCAGUGGAGGAGGAGGAAGAGGAGGAAGCAGUAGAGGAGAAGGAAUCAGUGGUGGAGGAGGAAGCAGUGGAGGAGGAGGAAGAGGAGGAAGCAGUGGAGAAGGAGGCACACCCUCAAACUGAAGAACAUCUAGAAGAUGAUGAAACUAAAACUGAAGACUUUUUCGUCAAAGAGGAGGAGGAGAAACACCAAAGUGAAACUCUGGUGCAAAAGGAGGAGGAGGAGGAGGAGGAAGAGGAUGAGGAACCUGAAACUCUGGACCAUUUGGCUAAAGAGGAGGAGGAGGAGGAGGAAACUAAAACUGAAGAUCUUGUCAAAGAUAAUGCAUCUGAAGUAAAACCUGAAACUCUGGACCAUUUGGCCAAAGAGGAGGAGGAUGAGGAACCUGAAACUCUGGACCAUUUGGAACCUGAAACUCUGGACCAUUUGGCCAAAGAGGAGGAGGAGGAGGAAGAGGAGGAAAAAACUAAAACUGAAGAUCUUGCCAAAGAUAAAGUAUCUAAAGAAAAAUCUGAAAUUGAGGAUCGUUUGGCUAAAGAGGAGGAGGAGGAGGAACCUGAAACUCUGGACCAUUUGGCCAAAGAGGAGGAGGAGGAACCUGAAACUUUGGACCAUUUGGCCAAAGAGGAGGAAGAGGAGGAAAAAACUAAAACUGAAGAUCUUGCCAAAGAUAAAGCAUCAGAAGAGGAGGAACCUGAAACUCUGGACCAUUUGGCCAAAGAGGAGGAGGAGGAGGAACCUGAAACUGAAGACACUUCAGCAGAUGAUAAUGAAGAAAGUGAGACGUAUGAGGAACUAAAAAUUGAAGUGACACUACAAGAUCAAGAAAAGGAGGCGUCUAAAACCAUGAAGGUUGACGAAGAGGAGACCAGGGAGGAAACCAAAACUGAAGCUGGAGAGGAGGAAAAGACAAAACUGGAAACUGAAGACAGCAACCUGUCUUCAAUAAAUAUUGAUGUGACUUUCAGGGAAGACAGAAGUCCACCUGAAAAACCUGCAGAGGAACCUGAAGAUCAGUUUGACGAUGAAGAUGAAAAGGAGUCACCAUCAGUCCAACAAUCAGAUCUGAAAAUGUUGGUUAAUCGCUCCGCUCUACCUGAAUCUGACGACGACGAAGAGACUUCGCCCUCUGAUUCCAGUGAGGAAGAGUUUCUUGACGUAAAGGAUGAUGGUGAUGAAAAUACGAAGAGCAGGAAGGCUGAGGCUGAACAGAUGGAGGAGGAUCAUGCUGCCUUCAGGAGGCUGAGAAGAGUCAGGCCCAGAACAUCACAUAAAGAACACGUCAGCGAACAUGACACAGAUAUAAAAGUUGGAAAGCCUGAAAAGGAAGAAGAAAGAGAGGAGGAAGCUAAAAUUAAAGAAACUGUACUUGCACAACUAAAAGAAGACAAACCAAAAGAGGACCAACCUGUGGCUAAACCUCUUGAUAAAAAAGAGGCACAUCCUGAAGAAGAAACGUCUGCAAAGAAACAUCUCAAAGAAAAAGAAAAGAAGAAUGAAGAAACAAAAAUUGUGAAAGAACAAAAGAAAGAGGCAACACAUCCUAAAGUAAAGAAAGAUGUGAAGAAAACAGGCAAAGAAAAAGAACAAGUGAAGGAGCCCUCUAAAGUAAAGGACAAAAAAACACUAAGCAAAAACGAUGACAAGAUAAUAGCCAAAGAAGAGCAGGCAGAUAAGGGAUUAUCUCCUAAAGAAAAAGAACUAAAGAAAGCUACAAAAGCAGAAAAAGAAGAAAAGAAAAUUGAAAAGGAAUAUAAGGACAUGGAUAAACUAAAAAAGAAAGAGAAAAAAGAAAGGAAAUCAGAAAAAAAUGAAAUGGAAAAGAUGCAGCCCAAAGAAAAACUUCUUAAGGAAGCUAAACCAAAACCAUCUCAAGAAAAAGUUUUGAAGGAAGAAGAACAGAAAGACAUAAAAGAUGGAAAGAAACAACUCAAAAAAGAAACAAAAGAAAAGAAAAAGGUUCAUGAAGAAGACAAGAAACCUCUAAAAGGUGUGUUUAAAGCAGAGAAAGCUCCUAAAGAAAAGAAAGAAGAAAAUAAACCUAUCAAACAAGAAAUGGGAGAACCUUUGAAAUUAAAAAUGGAAGAAAGAAAAUCUUUCAAAGAGGAGACAAAAGAGAUAAAACUUUCUAAACAAAAGGAACUUCUCAAAGAAGAAAUGGUUGAAAAGAAAGCUGAUAAAGAAAAGAAGGAAGAAAGAACACCUCCAAAAGAAGAAAUGAAAAAUAAAAUUCCAAAGGAAAAGAACGAGGAAAAGAAACCUGCCAAAGAAAAAAUUGAAGACAAGAAACUUGACAAAGAAAGAGAUGAAGACGUGAAAGAUACCAAAGAAAAAAUCAGAGAACAGAAACCGUUUAAAGACAAAGAAAAGAAACAUACAGAAGAAAAUAUAGAAAAAAAGAUAGACCUUGAAGAAACACAAGGAAAGAAACUUUCCAAAGAAAAGAAAACAGAAAAGAAACCUUCAAAAAAGAAAAUUCCUGGAAGAGAACUAGAAAAAACCAAGUCAGACAAAGAAAAGAGAGAUGAAAAGAAACAGAUAAGAUAUAAAAUAGAAAAAAAGACACUUGCUGAAGAAAUUCAGGGAGAAAAGAACAUUUCCAAAAUAAUAAAAGAGACAACAUUUGUUAAAGACAAGAAAGAACAGAAACUAACUGGAGUAGAAGAUAAAAAUAUACUUCCAAAAGGAGAAAAAGAAGAAAAGAAACCCCAGAAAGCAGUGAAAGAAGAAAAACACUCCAAAGAAGUAAAAGCAGAAAGAAAACCCCAGAAAGAGAAAGAGGUGAAAGAAGAAAAACACCCCAAAGAGGAAAAGAAACCCGAGAAAGAGGUGAAAGAAGAAAAAUAUCCCAAAGAAGUAAAAGCAGAAACAAAACCACAGAAAGAGGUGAAAGAAGAAAAACAUCCCAAAGAAGAGAAAGAGGAAAAGAAACCCCAGAUAGAAGAACUAGAUGUAAAGAAACAUCCAAAAGAAGAAAUAGUUCAUAAAGUUGUUACAGCAAAGAAAGAAUUAGAUAAGCAUCCCAAAGAAAGGAAAGAAGAAAAUAUACUUUCUAUAGAAAAAAAGCAUGAACAUAAAAUGAUUCAUCAAGUUAAAAAGUUACUAACUGAGGUCUCAAAAGAGGAAGAAGAACAAGAUAAGACUUCCAAAGAAAAGGCAGUGGCAAAGAAGUCUAUAAAAGAAGAAGUGCAAGAACUGGCUACAAAAGAACAAAAAGAACCAAAGAAGCCAGCAAUAAAAGCAGAACCAAAAAAGCUGAUUAGAAAAGAAAAAACAAUAAUAUCUUCUCAGGAAAUGGAAAAGAAGAUUCCCAAAGUGGAAAAGAAAACAACUCCUACUCCCCUACACCUGAAAAAAGAAAAAGAAACCAGAGUGGCUCCCAAGGAAGACAAAGAACCUGAGAAGAUGAGUGUUGCAAAGAAAGAUAUCAAGCCAAAAAGGAGAGUCACGGAAGUCAAGCGGGUGUCUGCUUCAGUCCUCAAGAAAGAACACCUUAAUGUUACAAAAACUGAUGUCAAACCCAAAAAAGCAAUCAUAGAAGUCAAACGAGUGUCUGCUUCAGUCCUCAAGGAACAUCUUAAUGUUACAAAAGCUGAUGCCAAACCUAAAAAGCGAAUCAUAGAUGUGAAGCGGGUGUCUGCUUCAGACCUAAAGAAAGAACAUCGUAAUGUGACAAAACCUGUUCCUGAGGUGACAGCUAAACCAGGACUGGCAAAGAUCGCCACAAAGGAGAACGAAAAGGAACCACAGCCAAAAAUCAGACAUAAACCUGCUAAACCAGAUGUUGACGAAGGAACGAAAAAAGAAAAAGCAACUCGUGAAGAGAAAGAUGCCCAGGUUUCUAAAGAAAAGCCCAAGCGAGUUUCUUCAAAGAAGGAGGCUGCAGCUUCGAAAGAAAAAGCUAAACCUGUCAUCCAGAUCAAAGAGACUGCUCCAAUGAAAAAACCACCCACGGUUAGAGUUAAAGAGCAAGAAGUGUCCGAUAAAAAUGUGUCCUUAACAAAAGAGCAGGUGAAGGUGGUAACACUGAGGACAGUUCCUGCGGCUCCGAAAGAAAAAGUCAAGCCAACCAUGAAAACAGUUAAGAAAGAUGCUGAAGUUGUCAAGGAGAAAAAGGUUGAGCCAAUAGCUCCUAAAAAAGUAGCUGCUCCCAAGACAAAACCAACUCCAGCCAAAGAGAAAAAAGUGUUGGAACGAGGGGGCAGAGCGGAUGCUCACCAGUGUUCUUUUCAGGUGACCGCAGUGAACAACAAUGUCGCACUGCUGGCGUACAGCAUUUUGAAGAGGUUGGAGGACACAGACCUGCCUGAGGAGACGAAGAGUUCGCUUUGCAAGGCGGCUGACGUCAUUCAGAACAUGUGCGUCACCUCUGCAGUGUGCCUGUCCCGCAUUGCCGCCUGGAUGACGAUGAUCUAG